GUCAAAGCGUGAUGGAUACUGAAAUCGGGUAUUUUGUAUACGUUUUCAUGUUCUGAGAUUUGUAACCUAUAAAUCAGUCCUCAUCUUAUGUUAAUUUAUAACAACAAAAUGAAUUCAUCCUCAACUUCAGAUGGGAGUGAUCACGAAUUUGCUCUUAACAGAGAUCAAGAUGAAGAAAUUACCGAAGAAGUUAGACGGAAUAUACGGAGUAAAAUUUCUACCCUUAGUUUUGAAGACUUAUUGAAGAUGAAAGAAGAAAUGGGGGCCAAGCUGUAUAAUGAAACUGUACUUGGAGUAAAAAAAAAGAAGAUAAAGACUGAUUACAAACGAGCUAAUAAAAACAGACCUAGGGAAUUAAGCUCAAAAAUAAGGCCAAAGCAACUAAAUAGGGUUUUGAAUCAGAGCAGUGCACCUAUGAUUGAACAGAAUAAACCCAGAGAUCCUAGGUUUGACCCACUAUGUGGGCAGUUUGAUGCCAGAACUUUUAAAUCAGAUUAUAAGUUUGUCCAUGAUAUUCGUCUAGAAGAAAAGAAGCAAUUGGAAAAAGAACUGAAGAGUUGUACUGAUCCAUCUAGACAGCAAAUUAUCAAAAAACUUAUACAGCGAAUUAAUAAUCAGGUAAGAGAACAAGACAAGAAGGAUAAAGAAGAGCGUAAAGAAUAUCAGGAAAAGAAAGAGGUUAAAGAGAAACUCAAAAAAGGAGAAAAACCAGUGUAUAAGAAGAAAUCUGUGAAAAAGUUGGAGAACCUUAUAGAGAAGUACAAUGAGUUGAAGAAAUCUAACAAACUACAAAAACAUAUUGAGAAACGGAGCAAGAAACUUUCUAUUAAGGAAAAAAGGAAAAUGAAAAGCCAUGAUGUACAUAAUUAAAAGAAAAGUAUUUAUGAUUUGUAUUUUUUAUUAAUAAAAUUUUAAUAAAUAAAAAACUAC